CCAGAUGGUGACCACCCCCUUCCCGGCGCUGCCCCAGCCGAAGGCUCUUCUCGAGAGAUUUCACCAGGUGCCGUCCGGAAUCAUUCUCCAGAACAAGGCCGGGGGCGCCCCGGCCACCCCGCAGACCUCCGCCAGCCUGGGGCCCCUCGCCAGCCCCACUGCCUCUGUGCUGGUCAGCGGGCAGGCCCCAUCCGGGACCCCCACCGCCCCCAGCCAUCCCCCUGCCCCGGCACCCAUGGCCACCACAGGCCUCCCUCCUCUGCUUCCUGCUGAGAGCAAAGCCUUUGCCGGCAACCUCCCGACCCUGAGUGUGGCCAAGGCUGCUUCAUCCGGGCCAGGGAAGUCCUCCGGGCUGCAGUAUGACAGCAAGUUGAGCAGCCUGAAGAAGCCCCCUCUGCUUCAGCCCAGCAAGGAAGCCUGCUUCCUGGAGCAUUUGCACAAGCAUCAGGGCUCCGUCCUGCACCCUGACUACAAGACAGCCUUCCCCUCCUUUGAGGAUGCCCUGUAUCGCCUCCUGCCCUACCAUGUCUACCAGGGUGCCCUCCCCUCCCCCAAUGACUACCACAAAGUGGACGAGGAAUUUGAGACCGUCUCCACGCAGCUGCUGAAACGCACCCAGGCCAUGCUCAAUAAAUAUCGUCUCUUGCUCCUGGAGGAGUCCCGGAGGGUGAGCCCCUCAGCGGAGAUGGUAAUGAUCGACCGAAUGUUCAUUCAGGAGGAGAAGACCACUCUUGCCUUGGAUAAACAGCUGGCCAAGGAGAAGCCUGAUGAGUAUGUGUCCUCCUCCCGGUCUCUCGGCCUCCCAGUCGCAGCCUCCUCUGAAGGCCACCGGCUCGCUGGCCAUGGCCCACCGCCAUCCUCAGGGCCCGGGGCCUCGGCCCAGCCCCCUCCGCACCUGCCCACCAAGCUCGUGAUCCGGCACGGCGGGGCGCCGGUGAGUGCCUUGUGCAGUGAACAACCUGACCGACUGCACAUUAAGACCGUCAGGAUCAGGCCCCUGGGGAUGUUCGUGGGUGGGAAGCUGAUCUAUGGGGGCUCAGGGGAUGGACCAUCCCUCUUCCUAGCUCCCGACCUACUUACUGCGCGUUCUGGCCCUCAGUUCUGGAAGGUUGACCGCGUGCAGCCCGAGCAGAGGAACAGCCACAACUAA